CGCUGACGUAAAGUGUCGGUGAGGGGGAAAAAAUAGUGACGCUGACACUCACACAACCAAGCCGGAGCUGUGAAGGGGAAUAGCGUUUUGUUUCUUUUUUCUUUAAUUUGUGUCCUUUUAUUCUUUGGCGUUUUGUUGUUAUUUAGCAGUAUUCCUCUAACGGAUUCGACUAGCUUGCUCCUCGGUGCUUGCUAUCUAUCAUUAACGUCCAUGCCGCUGUACCCUCACGCGGCGCUAUUUUGACAGUCGGGGUCGCAGUGAACCAUGUCAAGCUAGCAGCACCAUUAUAUUAGCACUGACACAACUUGAAGGAUUCUCCGAACGGACUCGCGAUUUACGACAAGCAAAACGAGCUCCUGACUGGAGGACAGACCAUGCUGCUGCACUGAGCUGGAGGGAAAGAAAAGAGAGAGGCCCCAGUGACCACUGAGCCCCACCUCAAAGGCUAAAGCUUGCUAUGGAUUGUGCUUCGCCCCCUGCUGCAGCCUAGCCCAGUACACUACCUUAGUGGGUUUCCCUUAUCUGUCUGUGUGUGGUUUCCAUCCAGACUCCCUGUACAGAGUCCAUCACAGAUCUGGUACCACCUACAGCCACUCCUGGGUUCUCCACCCAACCCCCUCCCCAACACCCACCCUCUCCCUCUCCCUUAAGAAGAUGUCAGUGAGCCUGACAACAGACAUCCAGCAGGAGGGAGAGAGUGGGCCACUCAUAGAGCCCUGCAGUCGAGGCAAGGCCUCCCCUCAACCACAGGGCACCAAGGAAGGAACAGGAGAGGGCUUGGAGCCUGAAGAUAACUCCCCACAGGAUGCCCAGAAAAGGGCUCCUAAUCACAGCCAUGGAAGGAAACGGGCCAAGUCUAAUGCCAAACUGAAGCUGGUACGGAGUCUGGCAGUGUGUGAGGAGUCCUCUGGUCCGUUCUCCAAUGAUGGACCUCCAGAAUCGGAUAUCAUCCAGCUUCACAUCAGCUGUCCAUCAGAUAAGGAAGAGGAAAAGUCUUCCAAGGACGAGUAUGAAAAUGAAGAGAAGGAGAAGAAGGACAAGACUCCGCGAAAGAUGUUGUCACGUGACUCCAGUCAGGAAUACACUGACUCCACGGGCAUUGAUGUUCAUGAGUUUUUGGUCAACACACUGAAAAACAAUCCCAGGGAUCGUAUGAUGCUGCUUAAACUAGAACAAGAUAUCCUGGAGUUCAUUAAUGACGACAAUAACCAGUAUAAGAAGUUUCCACAGAUGACUUCUUACCACCGUAUGCUGCUGCACCGUGUGGCUGCCUAUUUUGGGAUGGACCACAAUGUGGAUCAGACAGGCAAGGCGGUGAUCAUCAACAAGACGGGCAACACACGCAUCCCAGAACAACGUUUUUCGGAACACAUCAAGGAUGAACGUAACAUGGACUUUCAAAAAAAAUUCAUCCUAAAGAGAGAUGAUGCCAGCAUGGACAAGGAUGAUAAUCAGAUUCGUGUACCGCUGCAGGAUGGACGACGGAGCAAGUCCAUUGAAGAGCGAGAGGAAGAGUAUCAGCGGGUACGAGACCGGAUCUUUGCCCGAGAAGUGUCCUUUUUUUUACAGUCUUCUCAAAAUGGAUACAUCAACGACAACAGAGGGAACCGCGAGAGCUCCAGCCGGGCUUCAAGCAGUCGUCAAAGCAGCACAGACAGUGACAUGAAGUGCCUGGAGCCACGGCCCUGGAGCAGCACCGACUCAGACAGCUCCAACCGCACCCUCCGGCCGCCCGUCACUAAGGCCAGCAGCUUCUCUGGCAUCUCUAUCCUUACCAGAGGGGAUAGUCUUGGCAGCAACAAAGGCUCACAGGGAAGCUGCAAAGGCUCUCGCUCUGGCCUGCCCCUAGUCAGUCCUGAUGUAUGUCCCCCACCUGCAGCCUCCCAGUCUAGCCGUAGCCUUCUUCCCUGCCCGUCACAGCAACCACAGCCGCAGCCCCAGGCUCCACCUCAGACUGCCCUGCUACCCACCCCACAGCAACACCCCAUGGGCAACCACAUGAUAGCUCAGCCGGUGGCGUCUCUGCAGCCCUCUCAGCCUGUCUCCUACUCCAGCCCUUCCUGCCCCCAGGUUCUCCUGCCAGUUUCUCCUCCCCAGCAGUACACAAUGGGAGAAGAGCUGGCACCCCAGUUCAGCCAGAUGACGCUGAGUCGGCAGGGCUCCAGCGAGAACCCUGAGCCUGCGCCGAUGUAUCAGGCUCCUCCCACAGUGCUGUCCCAGCACCCCCCUCCUCAGACUGGUUACAUCAUGGCUGCCACGGGUCAGCCUAUGCCACCUCCCUCUGGCUACCAGCCUGCCACUGGGCACCCCCAUCCUCCACCUCCACCACCUCCUCCAUCCCAGCCUGUCAUGCAGGCCCCACCCCCCCCACAAGGGUACAUGCAGCCUCCUCCACCUCAACAGAUACAGGUGUCAUACUAUCCUCCUGGUCAGUAUCCCAGCUCAGGCCAGCAGUACCGUGUGCCCCAGCCCAUGUCUCACCAGGUGUCUUAUCCUGCCCAGCGCGCACAACCCAUACCUCAGCCCACACAGCAGUCAGGUCUUCAGACCAUGAUGCCUAGCCAACAGCCGAGCUACCAGAACAUGAUGGGUGUACAGCAGCCCCAAAACCCUGGUCUGCUCAAUUCCCAGAGGGCAGGCAUGGGUGGACAAAUGCAAAGCAUAAUGGUUCAGUACCCACAGUUGCCAUCAUAUCAGGUACCGGUGGGAAAUGAAAAUCAGCAGGUGGUGCAGCAGCAGUACCAGCAGCAGGUGAUGGUGCCAGUCAGCCAGUCUGUCCAGGGACCCAUGCCCGUUUAUUACAGUGUUAUCACACCCACACAACAGAAUAGCACAAGCCCGUCGGUGGGUUACCUGCAGCCUCCCAGCUCUGAGCAGUAUCAAAUCACACAGUCGCCAUCCCCUUGCAACCCUCAACAGUUGCAGCAGCAAUAUUCAGGAGUACCACCUCCUGGGCCUGGGGUAAUGGUCAUGCAGCUCAGUGUCCCCAAUGGACCUCAGCCUUCCCAAAACCCUCCUCUGGUCCAGUGGAACCCAUGCAAGUACUACAGCAUAGAACAGAGGCCCAGCAAGCCAGGAGAACUCUACAAACCCGACAACACUCCACAGGCCAGCACCCAGCUGACAAGUCCCCUGGCCUCCCCCACUCAGUCUCCAACCCCGUCUCCCUCUGGCAGCGUCAGCAGUGUCUGUCCAGGCUUGGGACCACUACCCCUUAUUUCCCAGUUUCCCCGGCCAGGAGGACCAGCUCAAGGUGAUGGGCGCUACUCUCUGUUGGGGCAGCCUCUCCAGUAUAGCCUGUGUCCUCCUCCCCUCAUGCAUGGCCAGUCCUCCUACAGCUCCCACCAGGGCCAGGGAGUAAUGAAACACGGGGCACGAGGGAAAAAACAAGCACUCAAAUCAGCAUCAACAGAUCUCGGCACUACUGAUGUUGUUGUGAGUCGAGUACUAGAGGUGACAGACCUGCCAGAGGGGAUUUCACGUCCGGAAGCUGAAAAGCUCUUCAACCAGCUGUCGAUGUGUGGUGCCAAGAUCCAGUGGCUGAAGGAGCCCCAGGGAGGCCGAGGAGGGCAAGGUGGCUGCGGCCCCUGUUCUGGUGCAGGGCCUUCUGGGCCAGGAGCCACCGCUGGGCCCGGGGCCAUCAUGGGAGCAAAGGGUGAUGGCAGUGACCCUGCUCACCUCUACACAGUAGUGGCAGUGUUCCCCAGCACCAUGGCUGCCCAGAGUGCUUCCUUCAAACUCAACAACAGCGGGGCCAGCCUUUUCAAACUGAGAGCCGCCAAAAAGAACUAUGACUUGCGUGUGCUGGAGAGAGCCAGUUCUCAGUGAAAAGAAAAGAGAGAGGGACGAAAGAAAGUCAAAGAGACAGAAAGAAAGACUCUUGGUGGAGUGGUGGAAAAGGAAGGAGGACUGAGGGGGACUGCUCUUAGUGUACAAUUUAAAAAUAAAACCAACAAAACAAACAAAAAAAAAACUUGAGUUAAAUGAUGUGUCAAAUGUACAAAAGGGAAGAAGGUGUGAAUCAUGAGGUGGCUGGUGUUUGGUUGCAAAUAUAAUUUUGUUGUUUUUAUUAUUCAUUGUUUUUGUUUUGUAUUUAUAUAGCAGAAGAGCACACAAGACACGUGAGCAUGUGUUUCACUGUUGCCGUGGAAUGUGUGCUGCCAUUAUACAAAAACACGUACACACACACACACACAAAC